AUGUUGGCGACUAUAUGCCAAGGAUUGAAGGAAUGCGAUUUCUAUCAACUCCAUGGAGUACCUGACUUGCGAUGGAACGAUCAGCUGGCCGCCCAAGCGCAGGCGUGGGCCGAAAAGGUUGCUCGUCAAGCCUACGUAACAUACAAGGAAAUGAGUGGACUAGGAGAGAAUAUCACGUUUUUCCCUCGUGACCUCGAUCCUGAUUCCAUUGUUGAGCACUGGUAUGAAGAACAUGAGAAAUACGAAUACGAUACUCCUGGCUGGCAAUGUGGAACGAACUACUUCACACAAGUAAUCUGGAAAGAAACAGAAGAGGUUGGGAUAGGGCGAGCAAGUGGCAAACUAGCAUCUCCAGGAGAUCAAGUGAUUGUGGCAUUCUAUCGUCCUGCUGGUAAUAAUAAUCGAGCUGGACAAUUUGCUGGUAAUGUGUUGAAGCCAUUGAGACGAGACGAAACGAUUACGGAGUGA